UUACCCCAGAUCUUAGAUCCAUUGAUAAACUUGGAGCUCCUAUCCUGGCCGACAACACUUGUACCAUCAAUGGUCUACAAAGGAUUAGAUCGGAUUAGUGGCCAAAGGAUUAGUGUGGAUUAUCCCUAAUCUCACUCAUCUUCUGCAGAUAGAUAUCUAAGUUUGGAUUACUACGAAUUAAUAUUCAGUGUUGUGCAAGUUAUCUCCCUUAGUAUCUAGCAGCCAAUCGACUCUACUCUGGGACUCUAAGCUCGUACUAUAAAUCUCCGUCACUCAACUGGUAUUGGAUUAAGACUCCAGACCUAAAAGUUAAGGAUGGGGAGUAUACAACUAAUAAAGCACUGUCUCCUAGCUACUUUAUAUAUAUUAUUAGUUGAAGUCCAUACAGUCAGACCAAAUGUUGACGAAACAUGCGCCACUGGGGCCAGCAAGUGCCACGCCACUUCCACGUGUCAGGAUUACUAUGACGACCGUACAUUCAAGGGGGGAUAUUGUUGCGAGUGUUCCUCAGCAUUAUAUGGCAAUGGAGUCAACUGCCUUGAGCCAAGGAAAGCUCAGAGAGUGAACGGCAGAGUGACUGGAUCAAUCAAUGGAGUCCAACUAAAUGUUGAUCUCCACUCAUACGUCGUAACAAUUGAUGGCAGAUCUUACACCGCCAUAAGUCGUUCCCCAACCAAUGAGCUUGGUUUCUCCAUGCAGAGUUUAUCAGCAAUAGGUGGCAUUGUUGGUUGGCUGUUCGCUGUCCCAACAAAUACAAAAAAUGGAUUUAUGGUCACAGGUGGAGUAUUUAACCGCACACUAACAAUCACAUUCCAAAAGAACGGAAACAAACUGAAGGUCAAACAGCAGAUGUUGGGGCCAUCCCCCGAACUGAUGAGGAUGAACACGGAAAUUAGCGGAACUAUCCCAAGAAUCCCACAGGGGGCAAAGGUCUCAAUUGAAGAUUAUAAGGAGGAAUACCGUCGGGUGUCACCAGGUGUAAUAAAAUCCUACGCUACCCGCACGUUCCGUAUCAAUGGUGUUUCUCAGCGCUUUACCUUAGACCAAGUGAUCACAUACAAAGAGUGCCCAUUUAAAGCACCAGAUGUCCCUGAUGUACUUCGACUUAGCGUUACCCGUAACUUUGUGACCUUCCAAGAAAAAGAACAAAUUGUGCGUUAUGCCAUGACAACAAAGAUCGCACCAGUUACAGGAGGAGGUAGCGGAGACCCAUGCAGGGACGAAGGACUGAUAUGUGACUCUAAAGCUACAUGUGAGCUUGGCGAAGGUGGCUACAGAUGUGUUUGCAAAGCAGGUUUCACUGGCAGUGGACAGCAAUGUGUCGAUGAAGACGAAUGCCAACUGAGAACCAAUGACUGUCAUCCCAAUGCCAGAUGUAUUAACACCAAUGGAGGAUUCCAGUGUCGUUGCAAUACAGGAUACAAUGGCGAUGGCAAAAUAUGUGAAAGAGACAAUCGUUGCGGUACAGGGGUUUGCGAUGCUAAUGCACGAUGUGUCUAUAAUAGCGACGAGGGCAUUGAAAUGUGUGAAUGUUUACCUGGUUACUAUGGCAGCGGAUAUGAUUGUAAGGAAGUCGAGGCGGGAUGCGACGUUGUUAACAAUUGUGAUGAUAACGCAGAAUGUGUUUUCAAUCGUGAAACACGUCGUUAUCAGUGUGAGUGCAAUGAUGACUUCAGUGGGGAUGGCGUGACGUGUACCGAAGGAACUGAUGAACCCGGGUGUAGAGAUUGUGACACAAAUGCUCAAUGUAUUUAUGACGAAAGUAGACUUAUGUAUCGUUGCCAGUGCCGUGAAGGUUACACAGGAGACGGCAAUACUUGUUCAGAGCUAGGAGAACAGGGCUGUGAAGUGCUACGAAACUGCGGACGUGAUGCCAGUUGUACUUAUGACGAUUAUUACCGCAAAUACGCCUGCAAAUGCAACCCAGGCUUUGAGGGAGAUGGUUACAGAUGCACCAAAGAAGAAGCUGUACCAUGUAACAGAAUCAACAACUGUGACCCAAAUGCAGAAUGUACCAGAAUACCUUCCACAGGGGAAUACCAAUGUAGAUGUCUACGUGGAUUCCAAGGGGACGGCUACUUAUGCACACAAUCAUUGGACUGCCGCAGUGACGCCACAAUUUGUGACUCAAACGCCAGAUGUACCCGAGGAAGUUCUGGUUAUGUUUGUUCUUGCAACCGUGGAUAUUCUGGUGACGGUACACGAUGUGUCUUGCAAGGAGACCAGGGCAGCUACUUAGUGUACGCACAGGGAAUGUCCAUCAUGAAAGUGCCAUUUGAGCCCAACCAAGAGAACCCAGGAACAAUGAUUCUACACAUACCAGGCCAAACCGCAGUGGGUGUUGGAGCAGACUGUCAAGAUCGCAUGGUUUACUGGACUGAUGUGUCUGGUAAUACAAUUAACAGGGCUUCAUUUGAGGAUGGUAGUGGCUCAGAAAUGGUGUUUGAAGGUCUUGGAUCCCCUGAAGGUAUUGCGAUAGAUUGGAUUGCCCGUAAUAUUUACUGGACCGACUCUGGUCUUGAUCGUAUAGAGGUGGCUAAGAUAGAUGGGACCAACAGGAAGACAAUCAUUGAAGGAGAUCUUGUUAACCCGAGAGCAAUUGCAAUUGAUCCACGCAGAGGAACUCUCUACUGGACUGACUGGAACAGAAAGGCCCCUAAGAUUGAGAUGUCCAGCAUGGAUGGUUCUGAGAGACACGUCAUAGUUGAUGAUAACUUAGGUCUACCUAAUGGCCUUACUGUUGAUUAUGACACUGAACAGCUAUGCUGGGCCGAUGCAGGUUCCCAGCAUAUAGAGUGCGCUAGGCCAGAUGGUAGCGGACGUAAGGUGAUCUACAAUCUCGCUUCAUACCCCUUUGAUAUCGCUCAAGCUAACGGCAAUCUUUACUGGACUGACUGGGACAUGAAGAGCAUCCCAAACAUUGCUCAAAAUGGUGGCACCCCUAAUGAACCCAUUGGCCUCCCACCAGCAAUAGGUGUCCAGCAGGAAGCAAUGCUUGCUCAUAUAACAAUGGCGGAUGUAGGUUCUUAUGUCUUCCAACUGCCAAUGGAGGGCGCACCUGUGCCUGCCCGGAUGAUAUCGAUGAGGACGAGUGCAAUCAAAUCAACUUACUUUAAUAGGAAAAGCACAGCAUUCACCAACUAAAACUGUCGAUGUGGAGUACUAAGUCAAUCAAUUGAUCAGAAGCUAUAACAGAACAUAUAGUAUAAUAGACUCUUGAGGCAGUGUAUAUCAGGAUAUGUACAGUACAAACUGGGGAAACAACCAUUUGAGUUUGUCGAAUAAAAGAUCGCAAUGGUUUUUUCAAGUUGAAUGUUUGUUUAUAGGAUAAAAAUCAUUAUUUUGUCUCAACAUGGACUAGAUUGAAGAUUCACAGGGUGCUUAUUCUUUUUCAUAUUUGAUAUAUUUGAAAAAUAACCAACUGAAACCAUCGUGAUCUUUCAUUAACACACAAUCUGUACAUUUUUCUGGGUCACAUCAUUGGGUCAGGGACUUGGUAUAAUACUCAAAUCUGGAGUAUGGCUUGCCAACCCAGAUAUUUAUGGCUAAUGUAUGGCUUGCCAACCCAGAAAUUCAGAUGAUAUAUUACAAACAUGAAUUUGUACAUAGACUAAUAAUGUUAUAUAGACUAUAGAAAUUGUAUAAAGACUGAUUUGUGUAUGUAAACUGUAUAAAAUUGUGUGCGGAUGCACUUAGCGUUUAGUAUUUUAAGUUGUAUGUUGCCACAUGUCCUGUGUGAUGUAAUUACAAUAUGUAUGUACUUUACUAAAUAAUUAACUAAUUAUAUUUGUAUACAUUGGUAUCCAGUUCAAUUAUCAAUAUUAAAAUACUGCAUUGUCGCCCAAAUCUUUAUCCUUUAAGGUUGGAAUUAUUUCAGUUUGAAUUCAUGAACUUUAGGAUUGUAAUUGUGAUUCUAAAAUUGAAUAUUAUGUAAUCAGUGAGUCUUUUUUUCACAGUUAGAGCAAAAAUGUGAAUGUUACAUUGAUUAAUGAAAACACCUGAUAUCUCAUUGUACCAUAUUUGGUUAUAAUAUUAACCAAUGGCAAACAGCUGAAUAUUCACUUCAUUUUGAUAAAAAAAAAACAUACAUGUAAAAUGGCUAAACAUAUGUAUUUUUGUGUACUUCCCUUGAGAAUGUAUAUUUCUAUAAGUAUGACUUAUUUUGAUGACUAAAAUGAGCAUGUGCCAACAGUGUCAUGAGAUUUUUAUGCCAUGUUUUCUUGCCAUUUUCAUUUCAUUUCAUAUUUUAGUAAAAAUUUAAGAGUAACAAAGGAAAUUCAACCAGAAUGAGUUGUUAGAUAGAAACUAUUAUAGAACCAUUUUACUCACCUCAGGAAAAGUGUAUCAAAUAAAAAAUAGGACAUCAAAUUCAUAAUGAAUAAAUGUUUAAAAAUAAGAGAUGUGUGGUUUGUUAUUUCUUUCUCAGAUUGUACCAUGUGAUACCACAGGGGGUGAUAGUCGUCGCUGACCUUCACGGUUGAUGUUCCCUGAUCAAGGUGUAACAAUAAAAAACAACAAAUUUUCAUAUUAAUACGUAGUUAACAGCCUUACAUCCUGCCCAAAUUAUGGAUCUUAUCUCAGUCUUUCAAACAAAUCUAAAUUCACAACCAGAGACCGCAUAUUUAUGGAGAUAUAGUCCAUAUAGACCUCGAAAGUAGUGCCAUUAACUUGCACACAGUCAAUUGCAUUUCGAUUUGGGCUUGAUCUUGUUAUAUUUUCAUAAACUUAUUCUGCACUUUGUGUUAUUGAUACAAGAUUUAAAAAACGCUUGUGUAAUUUUUAAAACAUACAAGGGUCGAU